AUGAUCGCAACUGGUGUCUGUGGUGUCGCGCUGGUCCUGGUGCUGGUGGUCCUGAUCCCGGUCGUGGUGAACACCGCCGGGACCCCAGCCCGCUACGAGAUGCUCGGCUCCUGUCAGAUGGUGUGCGACUCCCACCACGGCACCGCGGCCACCGCUGUAGCCAAGACGACCAGCCCGAUCAAAGACAACAACCGGCUGGUCCAGUCGCUUCCCACGUUCAUCCACGGUCCUCAAGGAGAGCCGGGACGAGUCGGGAGGAUGGGUCCGAGGGGUCCGCUGGGCGAGCCCGGGCCACCUGGUCCUGCUGGUCCGCCUGGAGAUAGGGGAGCACCGGGACCACCGGGAACACCUGGACUCAAUGGGCCUAACGGAGCCAUCAGCGCGGCCACUUACAACACCAUCCCCAAGAUCGCCUUUUACGCAGGACUGAAGAAGCAGCACGAAGGGUACGAGGUGUUGAAGUUCGACGACGUGGUCACAAAUCUGGGCAACCACUAUGAUCCUGCUUCAGGGAAAUUCACCUGCUCCAUACCGGGGAUUUACUUCUUUGUUUACCAUGUGCUGAUGAGAGGAGGAGAUGGAACCAGCAUGUGGGCUGACCUCUGUAAAAACAACCAGGUGAGAGCCAGUGCCAUCGCCCAAGACGCCGACCAGAACUACGACUACGCCAGCAACAGCGUCGUCCUGCACCUGGAGCCUGGAGACGAGAUCUACAUCAAGCUGGACGGUGGGAAGGCUCACGGUGGAAACAACAACAAGUACAGCACCUUCUCCGGCUUCAUGCUGUAUGCUGAUUGAAACAACAUCUCUGCUCUGCAUAUAGCUUUGCUUCACUGCUCAUGCUCAACUCAAUGUCAGUUGGAUUAUUAGAGGCAGAGCUCACCAUUUCCAUAUUGCAAAAAAAGAGUCCAGGGAGAUGUGGAGGAUGUCAUGCAAAGAAAAAAAACAAAACAACAGAAAAGAACUGUACUUUACAGUGUAAUUUACAGAAUAAUGAAUGUUAAAGUGUCCAGCGUUGAAUUGUACCCUUUGUCAGAUUGAUUAGUGUCGCUAUCGCACCCCUGAAUGA